UUGGCUGGCUAAGGGCCUGUCGUCAGCCCUAGCCGACCAGCCCCACCAAUUUUUUAUUCUUCCGACGCGGGCCGCAUUUUCUUCCUUCUUUCCCCCCGGCAAUAGCCAGGAAGGGCACCAUUUACUCGAGAAUAUCCAAGAUGAAGUACGUUCUGGUAUCUGGAGGUGUUAUCAGCGGUGUCGGCAAGGGCAUCAUCGGUAUGCCAGCUCCAACCGUGCGAACCGCGCAGAACUGACGCGUCUGAAGCCUCUUCGACCGGCCUGCUGCUCAAGACGAUUGGUCUCAAGAUAUGUAGCCUGCUGUGACGCGCAUCUCUGCGCGCUGUAGUAGGUCUGGUAGCUGACAAGCUCAGCACGUCUCGUCGAUUAAAAUCGACCCGUACCUCAACGUCGAUGCGGGUACCAUGAACCCAAAGGAGCACGGUGAGUGCUUCGUGCUCAACGACGGCGGCGAGGUCGACCUCGACCUCGGAAACUACGAGCGCUACCUCAACAUCACCCUCACCCGCGAGAACAACAUCACCACUGGCAAGAUCUACCAGCACGUGAUUGAGAAGGAGCGGAGGGGUGACUACCUCGGAAAGACCGUCCAGGUCGUUCCUCACAUUACCGACGCCAUCCAGGCCUGGAUCGAGCGUGUUGCGAGGAUACCCGUGGACGACACGAACGAGGAGCCAGAUGUCUGCAUUAUCGAGCUAGGUGGUACGGUCGGUGAUAUUGAGAGCAUGCCAUUCGUGGAGGCUCUGACGCAGUUGCGGAGGAGAGCGGGCAAGAACAACUUCCUGCAGAUCCACGUCUCUUACGUCCCGACUAUCAACGGAGAGCAAAAGACCAAGCCUACUCAACACGCCGUGAAAAGCGUGCGUAGCGCCGGUCUGAUUCCCGAUUUGAUUGCGUGUCGUUGCGAGCUGCCGCUUGAGCAAUCGACCAUUGCCAAAAUCGCCCACCACUGUCAGGUCGAGAUUGAGCAGGUCGUUGCCGUCCGCGACAUGCCUACCAUUUACCAAGUUCCGAUCCUGCUUGAGGAUCAAGGACUUGUUCCUCUCCUCCGCGAAACUCUUCAUCUUGAGGGGGUGAGCAUCGCACCUGCCUUGAAGAAGAAGGGCGAUGCCAUCUGGAAGAGGUGGAGAGAACUCACCAUCACCAAAGACCACUUCUACGAAACGCUCAACAUCGCCUUGGUUGGCAAGUAUGUUGAGCUCCACGACUCUUACCUUUCCGUCAUCAAGUCCCUCGAGCACUCCGCCAUGCGUUGCAGGAGGAAGCUCAACAUCAUCUGGGUCGAUGCCGAGAACUUGGAACCCCACAUCCGGGCUGCCGAGCCUGCGAGGUUCCACAAGGCUUGGCACGAUGUCUGCACCGCGCAGGGUAUCCUGGUUCCUGGUGGGUUCGGUCAGCGCGGCACUGAAGGCAUGAUGGCUGCUGCGAAGUGGGCUCGUGACAACAAGACCCCGUACCUGGGUAUUUGUCUGGGCAUGCAGAUCGCCGUCAUCGAACACGCCAGAGAAAUGUGCGGUAUCACCGGUGCCACCUCUGAGGAGUUUGACGCCAAGGCCGACGACCGUGUCAUCAUUUUCAUGCCUGAAAUCGACAAGGCCACCAUGGGUGGUACUAUGCGCCUGGGUCUGCGCCCCACCCUCUUCCAACCUGGCAGUGAGUGGAGCAAGCUGCGGGCCAUGUAUGGUGAAGCACCUGCCGUCCUCGAGCGCCACCGCCACCGCUACGAGGUCAACCCCGCCUACAUCGAGAAGCUUGAGCAGGGCGGCCUUGACUUCAUUGGCAAGGAUGAGCUUGGCGAGCGUAUGGAAAUUGUCGAGCUCAAGAACCACCCUUACUUUGUCGGUGUCCAGUACCACCCCGAGUACCUCUCCCGAGUGCUCGAACCUAGCAAGCCCUACCUCGGCUUCAUUGCCGCCAGUGCAGGCUGCUUGCCCCAGAUCACCGCGGAGUUAUUGCAGGAAGCCCAGGAAAAGCUUGCUAAUGGGGUCAACGGAAACGAUUUCUAGACUUUUGCAAAUCCGCGUUUGGUCAAAGAUUUCGGAAGCCAUGCCUAAAUAGAAGGAUAGGGAACAGUUUCAUGUUUAAAUGAAUGCUGAUAUAGUGGGCGUUUGGAGUUCAUAGUCUUAUAGAGGGCAUAUGCACUCAAGUACUGGUCUUGAAUAGGCCUAGCUGAAGCUGUGCAAGCUGAAAAUUGAAAAGAUACCAUGCUCA